CGCCCAUAACGGUGUAUACAUGUGCGAAACUGGGUCAGAGAAAACAUGCAGUUAUUGCUCUGAAUAUACGCGGAUAUUUAAAGUGCAUUGCGGAUUUAUUGAUUGUUAUGGACAACCUCCAGCAGUAAGAGAUAUAAAGGUUCACUGCAGUUUUGACUAUGCUCAACAUGUAUAAUUUGUACACAUACUAUGCUCAGCAAGUGGAGUUGCUUUGAAUUCUCAUGUAGAUAAAACAUGGCGUCACCCAGAAGAGAUAUAUCGGAUUGUGUAAAUGAGUUCACUUUAUCUAUGUAUCGGCAAAUCACAGCUGACAAACCUUCCGAAAAUAUCUUCAUAUCACCAAGUAAUGUGGCCGUCGUAAUGACAAUGGUAUAUGUUGGAGCUAGAAAACAAUCAGAAGAACAAAUGGCUAAAACACUGAGACUCACCAAUAUGGAAAGGCGGUAUGUACUUCAGCAAAUGGAGAGAUUUGUUGAAAAAGUAGAAAAAGGGAGUAAAUAUAUUACCAUAAAGACUGCAAAUAGCUUGUUUCCUCAUUCUGAUAAAAGAAUUUUAGAAGAAUAUGUGUCAACUGUGAAGAAAUACUUCAGAACAGAUGUAAAACCAAAGGAUUACACAAGCGAACCAGAUAAAUCUAGGCUUGAGAUAAACACAUGGGUUGAAGAAAAUACUAAUGGAAAAAUCAAAGACCUUUUACCAGAAGGAGCUUUGAACUCACUUACAGCCAUGGUGAUCGUGAACACUUUAUACUUCAAAGGAAACUGGGAGAUUCCUUUUGAUUCAAAAUAUACUGAAACAAAAGACUUCGUCAAAUUGAACGGCGAUAAGGUCAACGUUAGAAUGAUGAGAGCGAAAAAGAUGGAAGAUGUCCGCUACUGUAAAAAUCGGAAGCUGAAUUGCAAAGUACUUAAGCUGAGCUAUGAAUACAGCAAGAUCGGAAUGGUAAUUGUUCUACCAAAGGAGAACGAUGGAUUGCUGGCCCUGGAAAGAAAACCCAGUUUGGAUACUCUGAGGGGUCUUGUAAGUGGCCUUGAUUUAGUCACCGCGGAUGUCUCUUUGCCCAAGUUCAAACUGGAAUCGUCAGUCCAGCUCAAGCAACUGCUGUCUGCAUUAGGAAUGGUAGAUGUGUUUGAUAUGGACAAAGCUGAUUUGUCAGGAAUGGGAAACGAUCUGUUUGUUUCGGAAGUAUAUCACAAGACAUUUAUUGACGUCAACGAAGAGGGUACUGAAGCGGGCGCCGCUACAGCAGCUGUUGAAGUAUCAAGGAGUUUAGAGGAAACAUACAGAUUCAAUGCCGAUCAUCCUUUUCUUUUUAUGAUUUGGCAUCAUGGACUUGAUGUUCCGUUGUUUAUUGGCAGACUGUUAGAACCGUCGACUGUUGCAGAGGCAAGUUUUAAGCAUAAAAGGCAAAGGUCCAGAACGAAUGAUGUAGAACAUACAAAAAGACGGAGACAAGAUUUUACCUGGUAAAAAUAUUUGCCAUCUUAAAUGGUUUCAUCAGACUAACUUGAAUGUUUUGUCAAAGUUGAAAACGUAUGUAUAUCCAUUGGAUAGAGAUACAUGCAAUAUGAUAAUCAUGCAAUAAAGAUUCAAAAGUUAAUAGUAUAUGAUCAACAAAUAUAUGCGUUUUGUAUUCAGUGUACUUAAUGGAAACGUAUGUUUACAAACAUUAUGGAAUUUAUUAGAAUAAUAUAGAAGUAGCAAACGUU